CUCGGACUGGCUGCUGACCUGACAUCGUGUCGGAUUGGUCGCCUUGCCGUUUUAGCUAUUAUUAAGGUUUCCAAGAGUCGCAUGACCACAUUGGCUUCCACCCUUGGCUACUUGGAUUCAAACGUAAUCAAUACUCCUCUACCUUGCCGCCAUGAACAACAACGCCAACAGCGACGACAAAAACGACACCCUGGGCCGACUCAAAACAUACGCCAAUGACAUCGCCACCGCCGCAAAAAUCCUCGCCGACCAUUUGCAGGACUGCGGCGUUGGCUCGUCCAGCUCGUCCUCUGUCUUCUCAACUCCCCAGCUGGCAGUCCCGCGAGAUGCGCCCUACGAAGUCCAUCGUGCGAGGUGCAACCUGCUCAACACCAUAAACCGGCUGCAGACGUUGCUGGCCGAGCCAGCUGACUUUAUCCAGCAACUUGCCAGCCAGACUCAACUCCUCGCCUGUCUACGAUGGCUGGGGGAGUUCCAGGUUCUCGCAUGCGUCCCUCUCAACGACAGCGUCCCAGCCAAGGACGUAGCCGACCUGACCGGCGUUCCCGAGACUCAGCUGCGCCGCAUCGUGCGCAUGACCGCGACGGCGGGGUUCCUGCACGAGCCCGAGCCGGGCUACAUCGCGCACACGGCGCUGUCGGCCCCCUUCGUCACCCAGCUCUGCUACCUGGACGCCGCCAUGUUCCUCGCCGAGACGGCCGCCCCCGCGGCGCUGCAGAUGGCCGCCGCCACCAAGCUCCUCCAUAACGAACAGGCCGCCGGCGGCGACACGACCGCGUACUCGCUCGCCUUCAACACAUCGCAGACCUUCCAGGCCGCGUGCGAGCAGCGGCCGAAGCUCCAGCGCCAGUGGCCGGCGUUCCUCCGGUGCGCAGGUGACGUGGACGACAGCGUCCCGGAGCUGCUUGGGCGCCUGGAUUGGCUCAGCCUGGGGAGCGCCUGCAUCGUCGAUGUCUGCGCCGACUCCACCUCAGCGGCUACGGCUCUUGCAGAGCUCUUCCCGGCACUCCACUUUGUGGUUCAGCUGGGGGCGCCAGUGGUGCACGGAUCGGCAAACGGUGGUGCAGCAGGAGGAGGAGGAGGGGGAGGGACGGGAGUGGGGAUGACGCCGCCAAGCCUCUCGGAGGCGGGCAGGCCGAACUCGCUGAGCAGGGCGCGCAUAACCGUGCAGAAGCGAGCGGCGGGUUCGCCCCAGACGGUCAGGGACGCCGCGGUGUACAUGGUCCGGGUGGCGGCGCCCUCGUGCUCGCCCCCCUUGCUGCUGGCCUACGUGGCGGCCGAGCUGCGCGCCCACCUCGCGGUGCUGCGCGCCAACCCCGCCGCCACGCUCGUCUUGGCGCCGCGCCCGCUUCCGGAUCCAGGAUCCGUCGACCCUAGCGUCGAGGCCGCCGCCUGCCUGCGCGACCUCGCCAAGAUGCAGCUGCUGGCUGGCGGGCGCGACGUCGACGUCGCUGAGCUGGUCGACCUGGUCGGUGGCGUUCGCGACGGCGGGGGCGGACUCGUUGUCGUAAACCGCUUGCACGCGCGCAACAGCGCCACCGUCGCCCUUGGGGUCAAGUACCGGGCCGGCGGGGAUGGUCAGGCCGGAUUGAAGCCUGCGGUCCUGUGA